AUGACAGUGACGGUGUUGGAGAGCCAGCUGCCGCUCGUCGACGCGCCGCCCUCCUCCUCCUCUCCGCUCCGCUCCGGCUCGUCCCGCCGCUCGAUCCUCGUCGCUGACCGCGCCACCUGCGACCUGCACGUCCUCGGCCUCGACGGGCGGCUCCGUGUCUGGUCGCAGCACGAGGCGACGCUCCGCUGCGUGCGGACGCUCGCGCCGGCCGUCGUCCCUCCCCAGCUCGCCGCGAACCCGGGCGCCUUCUGGAGGCACCCCUCGCGCACGCAGGCGCAGCUCGUCGCAGACGCCUCGGGCGGCUCCGUCGCCGCGCCCUCGCUCCCGCCGCCCCUGAUGCGAGACCCGCUCGAGCUGCUCGCGCCGACGACACCCGGCGAGGGGCGGCUGAUGGCCGUGUCUCUCGGGUACGAGUCGCUGACCGCGCUGCACGCGCUGAGCCCGGAGGAGCGGCGGGCGCUCGCGUCCGAGGCUAGCAUGGCGCCGGGCCACGCGCGCACGCUCUCCCUCUACCUGGACGGGAGGCUGCAGCCGCCGCCCGAGCCGGCGGCGGCGAGCAGCGCGGCGGAGGCGGAGGAGGAGGAGGAGGUUGCGUGGAUGAUCCCGAUCCCGGCGGCGGCGCUGCGGCAGCCCUCGGCCGACGCUGGGCGAGUGACGCACGCGGCGGCGUCGCCCUUCGCGCUCGAGGUGCCGGCUCGCCCCGACGAGGCCGUCGUCGCCUUCUCCUUCGCCUCCCCCUCCGCCGCGGGCUGGGCAUCGCUCGCUGUCUGGGCGCAGGCGGCGGCGUGCGGGCCGCAAGGGCCGGGGAUGGCGGGGCCGGGGCUAGGCUCCUUCGAGCCGGCCUCCCUCGCGAGCGGGGCGGUGCAAGGGCCGAGCGGCUCCAACUUGGUCUGCCUCGGCACCGACCGCGGCGAAGUGCUGCUCUGCCUGGAGGCUGGUGGGCUGGCGGCGGUGCGCGAGGCGCUCGAGGCUGCGACGCAAAAGGCGCUGUACGCCGCGGCACUGCAGUCCAACCUCGAGGCGCGUGCGGCGCUGCUGCGCAACCUGCUACGCUCGCCGGGCCUGUGGCCGCAGGUGCCUCUCGCGCCGGCCGAGCGAGCGCAGCACGCCGCGCUCGGCAGGUUGCAGCAGCGCGUCGCCGCCCUCCGCCCGCAGCUGCGGGCGGUGGCCGCCGCCGGCAAAGCCGCGCCGCCCCUCGCCGCCCCCGCGCCUGGCGGCGCGAGCCUCGCCGGCGCGUCGGGCGAGCUCGGCCGGCAGGCGCAAGCGAUCAGCAAGCUCGUCUCGGAGGUCAAGGCGUCGCGGUCGCUGCUCGCCGAGGCUCUGGCGCAGGCGUAGAGCGGAGGUGCCCCGAGGGAGGGGUUAGUGCAGGGAGAGGCGCCCGGCCAGGCUGGGUGCGCGGCGAGUUAUCGGCCUGCUACGCUCUUGAGAGCCCCCCCUCUACAACUUUUCAUGCUGUCCACGGGUCGUUCACCUUUCACACGUGUGUGCAGCGAGGUGAGAGGAUGCAGACUGGGUGUGUGCCCCUGUGGCUGUGCGCCCCCCCCCCACCCCCCCUGGGCAAAUACACAUGUCCACUCACCCACGUCGUUACGUCAGAGUAUUCGUGAAUG